CCCAGAGUGCGCCGCGCUCUCGGCAUGGCCGCUCUGCCCCGCCGCUGCUGAGGAGGCGCCGGGCCCGCUCCGCCGCCGCCCGCCCCGCCCCGCUCCGCCGCCGCCCGCCCCGCUCCGCCGCCGCCGCCCCCGCAGGGUCAUGGCCGACUGGGCCCCCGCUCAGGAGCUGGAGUGGGACAUGGAACCCCAGGAGCUGGCCCUGGAGCAGCCCCUGCCCACCCCCGAGCAGGGCCCCGCCGGGGAGGCCGAGCUACCGGCCGCCGAGAUCUCCCUGACGCUGGUCACCGAGAUCCAGGCCGUGGACAGGAAGGUGGACGCCCAGGCUGCCCAGCUGAUGAACCUGGAGGGGAGGAUGAGGAUGGCGGAAACGAAGCUGAUCGGCUGCGAGAAGACGGCGGUGGAGUUCGGGAACCAGCUGGAGAGCAAGUGGACGGCGCUGGGCACCCUCAUCCAGGAGUACGGGCAGCUGCAGAAAAGGCUGGAGAACAUGGAGAACCUCCUGAAGAACAGGAACUUCUGGAUCCUGCGGCUGCCCCCGGGGGCGAAGGGAGAGGUCCCCAAGGUCCCCGUGGCGUUCAACGAUGCUUCGUUUAACUUUUCUGAGGAGGAGUGGAAGAGCUUGAAUGAGUGGCAGAAGGAGCUUUACAGGCAUAUCAUGAAAGGCAACUACGAGGCCGUCAUCUCGAUGGAUGCUGCCAUUUCAAAGCCUGACCUCCUGUCACGGAUUGAGCAAGGAGAGGAUCCCAACGCAGAAGAUCAGGAUGACUCUGAGGGAGGAGAAACCCCUACAGACCCCAGCACCGAGUUUUCCUUUCCUGGACCCGAUGACAACUCAUGGAGUAAAUACGAGGAGACUCUGGCUGAAAGCCACGAGGGCUCUGAAGAAGAGGAAAGCAUGGAGGUCCCCAGUACAUAUGAACAGCAGUGUGAUGAGGAAGGUCCCGAAAGCCUUGAGCUUCCUAGCUCCUUGACAGGAAAGUGGGAAGAGGUUUUCUCAAGCCCAGAGGAAGAGAUAAAGCCAAGCGGCAAGAGCCGUGGCGGAUCGACCCCACAGCAGAGAACCGCGACGGGCAACGGGCUGAGGCGCUCCGCUCGCCGCGGGAGAGACUUGGCGAGGAAGGACGCUGCUGAGGACGUGGCCGUGGUGGAGGGGCCGUACAUCUGCUGCGAGUGUGGGGAGAGCUUCCUGGACAAGCAGCUCUUUGCCACCCAUCAGAAGGCGCACGCCAGCGAGGAGGCCUGCACUUCCCUGGAGCACGGCGAAAGCUUCAGGCAGAAAUCCAAAACGACCCCUACGAAAGCCCAAGGGCCCUCCCGCUCCAAACCGUCCAAGCGCCCCGAUGGGGAGAAGAGCUCCGGUUUCAAGUACGGCUUUGUCAGGCACCAGGUGAACAACAUGGUGGAGAGACCGUACACCUGCUCCCAGUGCAAGGAGAGCUUCAGCCUGGAAGUGAGCCUUAUCUUGCACCAGAAGCUCCACACGGGGAAGGGUGACGGGCCGCUGACGUGCACCUACUGCGGGAAGGACUUCCGAGACCUCUCCAAAGCCAUCCGCCAUCAGCGCAUCCACACCGGGGAGAGGCCGUACCAGUGCACCGAGUGCGGGAAGAGCUUCAUCCGGCGGGACCACCUGCUCAAGCACUGGCGGGUCCACACCGGGGAGACCCCCUACCAGUGUCCCGUCUGCGGAAAGCACUUCCGCUACAAAGAGUCUCUGAAUUGUCACCAGAAAAUCCACUCCCGCAACCCCCGGCCCAUGGAGGAUUCGCAGCACAACCUGGAGUCGGCAACUCAAACCGGCCAUUUCUGCGUGAAAAAAGAAACUAAGCAGUACUGCUGGUUCGUGAUCGUGUUUUGUAAUAACUUUUGUAAAGUCUGUCAAUACAGUGUUUCCAUUCUGAAGCCCGUGUCGGGUGUCACCCCUGGCUGGGGGCUGUGGCUCCCUGGGGCGUCCCAGGCAGGGGGUCCCUACUUCAGGUCCCCACCUGCCGUCGCGCAGGUCGUGCAGGUCGUGCAGUUUCUUCCAGUUCCCCCCCCCCCCUUAUCCUCUCUCGCAGCCCCGCCCCGCGCGGGAGGCCCGCGGGCCCGAUCCCGGGGCACCCCCCGCGCCCCCCGGGCCGCCCCGAUCCCUUCCCCUCGCGGCGGGGCCGGGCCGGGCCGGGCGGUGCCGGCUGGGGGGGGCCCCGACGGCGGCGGCGCGGUGAUGCCGUCGGUUCGGCAGGGGGCGCUGCGCUGGCGGCGGCCGCCCCGCUCCGCCCCGCCCGGCGCGGCCCCCGGCGCGGCUCGCGCGCGGCGGCGGCGGCCCGACCGCCCCCUGCCGGCUCGGCGGGGCAGCGGCGGCGCCGGAGCGCGGAGCGGCGGAGCCGGGACCCGCAGCCGCGCUCGGUCUCUCGCCGCCGCCGCUCCCCCCCCCCCCUCCCUCCCCUUUCCCCUUCCCUCCCCCGGCCGGGUCGGGCCGGGCCGCGCCCCGCCCCGCCGCGCCGCCCCGCCGCGCCCCCCGCCCCGCCGCCGCCGCCGCCGCCGCCGCCGCCGCCGCCCCGCCGCGCCGCCGCGCCGCACCGCCCCGGGCCCAGCCCGAUGCCCGGCGGCGGGCGGAGGUGAAGGAGCGAACGGGCGCUGGAUCCUCCCGGCCGCGGCCCCCGGGGCCCCGGGCAGGGAACAAAGGGCCAUGGCCGAGGGGGCUCCCGCUCAGGCGCCGGAGCCGGUGCUGCAGCCGCGCUGCCCCUCGCCGCUCCGGCCACCAGCCGGCCCCGAGCGCACCUCGGAACGGGAGACGCAGACGGCCGAGCUGUCCCUGACGGUGGUGGCGGCCGUGCAGGCGGUGGAGAGGAAGGUGGACUCCCACUCCACCCGCCUGCUCGACCUGGAGGGUCGGACGGGGAUGGCUGAGAAGAAGCUGAUCGACUGCGAGAAGACGGCGGCAGAGCUGGGGAACCAGCUGGAGAGCAAGUGCGCGGCGCUGGGCACCCUCAUCCAGGAGUACGGGCUGCUCCAGCGGCGCCUGGAGAACAUGGAGAAUCUCCUGAAGAACAGGAACUUCUGGAUCCUGCGGCUGCCCCCGGGCAGGAAGGGGGAAGUCCCCAAGGUGCCGGUGACGUUUGACGACGUGUCCGUCUAUUUCAACAACAAGGAAUGGGAGAAGCUGGAGGAGUGGCAGAAGGAGCUGUACAAGAAUGUGAUGAAGGAGAACUAUGAGUCGCUGAUCUCCCUGGACUAUGCAAUUUCCAAACCUGGUGUUUUGUCUCAGAUCGAGCAAGGAGAGGAAUCGCGGGUCAGGAAUGAGCAGGACUUGGAGGAGAGCGAGAUCAUUACCGAUGCCACCGCAGCUGGUAUAAGGGUUGUGAUCAAAACGGAGGAGCUCCUUCCUGAAGACAGCCCCGAAAACCCCGAGCUGCAUGGGAUGUCGGGGCAGUCGGAGGGGAGCUUCCAGAGUCCGGACGAGGAGGCAGCUUGCGAGAGCCCCUAUGGCUCCGUCUCCCCUCCGAGGGACCUCCCAGGAACCAGCCUGGGUGACUCGUCUGAAUACGUAGCUGACUUCAAUGAGAUCCAGAGAGUCAUCGUUCACCACGGGAGCUGCACAGAGGACGGGAUCGUGAUCAAGACGGAGGAGGAGGAGGAGGAGGACGACCCCGACACCCUGGAGCCGUGCGCCAUGUUCUCGGGCAGGACCGAGCCGCCGGCGUUCCCCAGCCACGAGGCCGGGCUGGGCUGCGAGGCGCAGUGCAGCUCCAAAACGCAGCCCAGGAGCCUGGCGGCCGCCCGCGUGGGGAAGCCCCCCGCCUGCGAGAGGGACUCCGGGGAGAUGAAGCCGGCCAUCGCCCAGCAGCGGAACCGGACGAGGGAGAGACCCUACAUCUGCCCCGAGUGCGGGAAGAGCUUCAUGCUCAAGAUCAACUUCAUGAUCCACCAGCGCAACCACCUCAAGGAAGGGCCCUACGAGUGCCACGACUGCGACCUCAGCUUCCGCAACAAGCAGCAGUUCCUGCUGCACCAGCGCAGCCACACGCGCCGGGGCGUGGGGGUCCCCCGGCGCCCCGAGCACGGCCUCAAGCCCCAGCCGCGGCCCCCGCCCCCGGGGAAGCCCUACAAGUGCUCCGAGUGCGAGAGCAGCUUCAGCCACAAGUCGAGCCUCAGCAAACACCAGAUCACCCACGUCGGGGAGCGGCCCUUCACCUGCGGCGAGUGCCGGAGGAGCUUCCGCUUGCAGAUCAGCCUCAUCAUGCACCAGAGGAUCCACGCCGGCAAGAGCGAGAUGGCCUUUCUCUGCCCCCAGUGCGGGAAGAACUUCACCCGGCCCUCCCACCUCCUGCGGCACCAGCGGACUCACACCGGCGAGCGGCCCUACCAGUGCAGCCAGUGCGAGAAGACCUUCAGCGAGAAGUCCAAGCUCACCAACCAUUACCGCAUCCACACCCGGGAGCGCCCGCACGCCUGCGCCGUCUGCGGGAAGGGUUUCAUUCGCAAGCACCAUCUCCUGGAGCACCAGCGCAUCCACACGGGCGAGCGGCCCUACCACUGCACCGAGUGCGGCAAGAACUUCACCCAGAAGCAUCACCUCCUGGAGCACCAGCGGGCACACACCGGCGAGCGGCCCUACCCCUGCACCGAGUGCACCAAGUGCUUCCGCUACAAGCAGUCCCUCAAGUACCACCUGAGGACGCACAUGGGAGAGUGAGGGGCUGCCGACGGCUUCCUCUCCCUCCUCUCCCUCCCUCCAUCCAUUCCUCCAGCCCUCCUCCUCCUCCUCUCAUCUCUCCCACCCUCCCUCCAUCCCUGUCCUCCCACCCCCCCCCCAGCUCAGGGCAUGGACAUCAAGGAAGCUUUGUGUGGUAGCGCCGCUGGUCUGGUGGAGACGGCUAGGCUGAUUGGAAAUAAAUUAAUUAAUUAAAGCAAGCAACGCGCGGCAAAAUUAAAAAGAUUAUAUAUAUAUAAAAUUAACAGAAGCAGCUGAUUUAGGGGGAAUCCUCACCAUCAGAAAAAAAAAGCAAACAAACCACCAACAAAAGAAACCUGUACAGGGUGUUUUGCCGGAGUAGGACUCUUAACUGCUUUUUAAAAUCUACUGUUUGGUUUUUUAAUAAAUGUGGAGGAACUUUUUAUUUGAUAAGCAAA